AACCAUUCAUUUCUCGAUCCUUGGAUAUUUUUUUGGGCAUUCACCGAAGGCUCUCUAACCCUGAAACCUCAAACAUUCUAGUAUUGAGCGAAACAAUGGCGGGCGAGGUAGUUCUGUUGGACACAUGGGUGAGCAUGUUUGGAAUGAGGGCUAGGAUCGCACUGGCAGAGAAGGGUGUGAAGUACGAGUACAAGGAAGAGAAUCUGAGGAACAAGAGCCCUCUGCUUCUGCAAAUGAAUCCCAUUCACAAGAAAAUCCCAGUUCUAAUCCAUAACGGCAAGCCCAUCUGCGAAUCUGCCAUUAUUGUGCAGUAUAUCGACGAGGUCUGGAAGGACAAAGCCCCACUUUUGUCUUCAGAUCCUUACGAGCGAGCUCAAGCCAGAUUCUGGGUUGAUUUCAUUGACAAAAAGAUGUAUGAUACAUGGAGAAAAAUGUGGCUUUCAAAAGGAGAGGAACACGAGGCAGCAAAGAAGGAGCUGCUAGACAUAUUUAAGCUUCUAGAGGGGACACUCGGAGACAAACCCUUUUAUGGGGGUGACACAUUUGGGUUUCUUGAUGUUGGUUUGAUUCCAUUUUGUUGCUGGUUUUACACCUUUGAGACUUAUGGGCACUUCAAGAUGGAAGCAGAGUGCCCUACACUCAUGGCUUGGGUCAAGAGGUGCAUUGAGACCAAAGAGAGCGUGUCCAAGACCCUUCCUGAUGAGAAGAAGGUUUAUGAAUAUAUCUUGGCCUUAGAGAAACUGAUAACUGGUGCUUGACUGGAUAAAAGGCACUUUCUAUAAUGAGCUAGCUAAUGAUAAGUUGUGCUUGGUUCAUAGAGGGUAUGGUCAUUUUAGUCUGUGUCGUAGUUGUGUGUUUGUUGCUUCUUGAUUGCUUUUCUUGUCUUGGGGUUGUGAGUUUGGUGGCCACUUUGGUGUGUCUGCCAGAUUGAACGAUAAAUGGGGAUGAAAUUAUGUUAAUGUUUAUGUGAGAUGUGAACUUAAUGAAGUGAAAAUAAAACCCUUUUAGCA